UCUCUCUUUCUCGGUUCGGUGGUCACCCCGUCAUCGACUUCAUGCGCACCAAAGUGCGCUCUCUCUUACCGCCAUUUCUCUUGUAUGUAAGGGAAAUAUACACACGCGUAUAUACAUAUAUUAUCAUAUUCAAUUCUCGAGUCAAAUAGUCGGACAGACUUUUGGCGACGACCCUUCUGUUCAAUUCAAACCUCCGCGUUUUCUAGUCGUUACUACAGGCAGCAUCUGUCAGAGUUUCAAAUCUUCGCCAAAGUCUUGUACUUUUUGUGUCACUCGUUUCUGGCUUGCCCUUCUUUAGCCGGCAUUUGGUUUAUUUUGCAUCUCUUUGAGCUUUCCCCGUCUGGGUUUCUUUAAAUGGAGUAGAAGAUCAGAUCUGUUUGCGUGAAUCUUAAUUCUGAUUAGAGAUUUCUUGUGGAGCAUCAAUUGGAUGAAUACAUAAAAGAAUGUGUGGUAUCUGUAGAUGAUGUUUUUGAACUGAUGUUACUGGGGGGCGAAUGGGAUUUUAGUUUCAACAAGGUGUUGUAGAUUGCAGAAUUGGGUUGAGUCGACUUUUAUAUAUUCAUAAGUCGUGUGCGAAGAACCAAAUAUUUUAAAAAUGAUAGUGAAGAAAAACAUGGGACGUGCAAAGUCAGCACUAAUGCUGAUUAUGGCGCUUGGGUUCUUCUUUGCCACUUAUAAUUUGCUAUCUAUGAUUAUGCACAACAAAGAAUCGAAUUCUGGAAGUUGGGUGGCUGAUGGGUUGGAAUUGUUUGAUCCUGUUUUAAGGAUGCCUGGAAGGGUGAUUGGAUCAGCGGAAUCCAAUUCAAAAUUUCAUGUUGCCUUGACUGCAACUGAUGCUGCUUACAGCCAAUGGCAAUGUCGGAUUAUGUACUACUGGUAUAAGAAGGUAAAGGAUAUGCCUGGAUCAGACAUGGGAAAGUUCACACGAAUUUUGCAUUCAGGCAGGGAAGAUCAAUUGAUGGAUGAGAUUCCAACUUUUGUGGUUGAUCCACUUCCUGAGGGCUUGGAUCGGGGUUAUAUUGUCCUAAAUAGACCAUGGGCUUUUGUUCAAUGGCUGGAAAAAGCAACUAUUGAGGAAGAAUAUAUUUUAAUGGCAGAGCCUGACCACCUAUUCUUAAGACCAUUGCCUAAUUUGGCUUAUGGAACCAAACCAGCAGGUUAUCCAUUCUUCUACAUAAAACCAGCUGAAAACAAAAAAAUAAUUAGGAAAUUCUAUCCUGAGGAGAAGGGUCCUGUUACUGAUGUUGAUCCCAUCGGCAAUUCUCCCGUAAUCAUUCAUAAGUCGUUGCUUGAGGACAUUGCUCCUACAUGGGUGAAUGUUUCCUUGCGAAUGAAAGAUGACCCGGAGACUGAUAAGGCCUUUGGAUGGGUGCUUGAAAUGUAUGCAUAUGCUGUGGCAUCUGCAUUGCAUAAUGUGCGGCAUAUUCUCCGAAAAGACUUUAUGCUGCAGCCACCUUGGGACUUAGAUACUGAAAAGAAGUUUAUACUCCAUUAUACAUAUGGAUGUGACUACAAUCUAAAAGGCGAGCUAACAUAUGGAAAGAUUGGAGAAUGGCGUUUUGACAAGAGAUCAUAUCUUAUGGGUCCUCCACCGAAAAACCUUUCCUUACCUCCACCCGGGGUUCCUGAAAGUGUGGUGAGACUUGUAAAGAUGGUCAAUGAGGCUACUGCUAACAUACCUAAAUGGGAAACAUUGAACAGAAGCUGAUCAAAAGGAUUUUUUUUUUUUUAAAAAAAGAAAAGGACCAUUGGGUUUUAUUUGUGUUACUGAUGCAGAGUGACUGCAAUAUGAGAAGUACCAAAGUACCAAACCCUAGAUACAUGUGAUGAGGAUGAUGAUAUAAGAGAUUAGUUUUAGCAGAGGGGGAAAUGUGAUAGAUACAAAGAAUGCUUUGGUACUUUUUGCUCUGCAAAUAGAGUUUUGUUAACCACUUGCUUCAUUGCUUCUCAGGUUGUAAAAAACACUCACAUCUUAUUACACAGUUUUUUU